GAACCGAACCCGCGAAUACCGACUUGAUAGCAGCAGCAGCAACAACAAUCGCAACAGCAAAAUAUUGCUACGCUAUCAACCCAACAUGGCGGCAUAACUGUGUUUUUCUCCUAUUUUUAAUAUAAAAUCGGUAUAACUCUUUUGCUUUGCUGUUUUGUGAUAGCAAGUGCUAUUGAUUUCUUAUCGAUAUUGUACUAACAAUGUCAAUGAUUAGAUAGUAUGGUUGUAUAAUAUACAAUACUUUCCUUUUACGCUAUAAUACGAGCAAUGCAGUGGCAAAUAUCAUAAACGUAAGGAUUGCUUGGAGAGACUAUGCGAAUUCUUUAGUCGUUCACGAUGAACAUAUUGUGCAAGAUGAAGCCGUAAAUUAUGAUGAGAAAAGAGAUCGUUGGAGUAGUUACGAUCCCGCCAAUCAUCGCGAAAUUAUAGAAGAAUAUGAGAAGGUGGAAGAAGCUAAACGGCAAUUAAAAGCCGAAAAAUUAAAGAAUGAUCCUGAUGCGAAAAUAUCUCGCAUGGGAGGCUCAUGGUAAGGGGGUCGAUGUUCAUUUAUUGGCUGAGCCUACUCUGGAGCUAUUACAAAAAGAAUACGAGAAAAAGAAGGAACAGUUCAAAUCAAGUACGAAGGAACAUAUUGUGGAAAAGUAUGGUGGUGAAGAACAUACAGUCAUACUUAAUCCCUUUAUAACGCAGUUACUUGAAUUCCGGUAUUCAACUUUUAAUUUAAAGAAGAAAGAGUGUUUUUAAUAGUUUAUUUAUCAAAUAAUAAAGGUAAAACUUCCUAUAGUAAUUAACCUUAAACGAAACGUGAUUAAAUAGGUGAUGAAUGGGUUAACGACCAAUGGGUUAACUAAACCUAUUUUUUUUUUUUUAAU